UAUGCAAUUUGGGUUUCAAAAUUAAAAAUGAUGAUUAAUUGUAUAUGUUGACGCUUACCAGGGAUUUAACGCUGAAUUAGAAAUUUCUACCUUUGUUGACAUUUGCUCUCUAUCUAUGCGGGCGGUCAAUUAUCGGCCCAGUUAUAUAGGUUAUUACAUUUCUAUGGGACCCAGCUGCCGCAGUCCUGUUGGAGCGUGCCAGUCAUCAGAUAUAUAUUGUAUAAAGUCGUGUGCGGAACUCUUAACGCCUGGCAUCUCAAGGGAGCCAGAAUUACCACCAGCCGAUCUUCUAAAAUUCUUCAUUCAUUGCCAGUUCCUUGACCUUGACGUGCACUUUUACUGGUGUCUCUUCGAUUAUUUAACUAUCAAUGGAUCGAUUGUACACAUGAGAGGGUUGAUUUUGGGCAGCUAAAAGUGGACAGUGCGGCAGCUAGUCGAUUAGAUUUAUUUUCUGCUAAUGAUUUGGAUAAUUCAAGGUUCGCUACGGCCAUCAGAGGAAGACGUGCUAAUUUCCAGUGACCAUCUGUUUAUGGAGGAAAUAAUACUAGGGAUCCUUGCAUCCUAGCAUCAGCCGGUUCUCCAGCUGUUGGGUCGGUGCAUGUUAUUGCAGUUGAAACUACAGAAAUGGGAGUGGAAAGUAUAAAAAAUAAACUGGAGGAGCAGGAACCAAUGGCCCCUACGGCUUCCAUGGAAACAGUGGCUGUCGUCCGGAUAAUCAAGGUGGUUUCCAGCAUGUUGCUGGCCGCUAGUCUGCUGUGCAGUGGUCUGUCCAUCGCCACCACCUCCUGGAUCAAGUCUAACGGGCGACAGGAGGGACUGUGGGCAGACUGCGUGUCCCCCACGGGGGACAUCCUGUCCUACGAGUGCAGAGCCAACCAGCCCAGGGGAUGGCUGGAUGCCUGUCGGAUUCUGAUCUGUGUCGCCUUUCCUCUGAACUUCAUUGGAUUUAUCAUGGCUACUUACGGAAUACAGACCACGAACUUUGGGAUGAAAUACAAAUACUACAACAUCUCAAUUAUCGUUCUGUUUCUCGCAGUAAUUCCUGAGUUGAUUGCUGUGAUCAUGUUUCCUGUUAAAUACAACGAGGAACUCAAUGGAGCCGAGUGGUACGUGGGUUGGUCCUAUGUGGCCGCUGUUUUGUCCGCCAUUUUGGUUCUUAUAGCUGCCAUUUUACUGUUGAUUGAUCGAGGAGCGGACGAAUCUCUGAUCAGAGAAAAGACAUGUUACUAUAAUGACGAGUCGAUAGAGGAAACCCUCGAGUAAUUUCUCCGUGACCCAGAGGAAAAGGUCAGUUAUCCGCCCGUGGGCGGAUCUAUACGUUCCGGGAGCGUUAACCGUGUGUUCGAAUGAUUACUCAUUUAAGGUUGGUUUCCUCCUCCCCCUUCCAAAGAUGACGUCACUGUCGCUGUCCUACCUCAGACUCAGGUGCGAACCAGUAAACCCGCAGGUAUAUUAUGUCACGUUUCUGUUAUAAAAUGAGAUACAAGGAUAUAAUGUCCAAGUGCCACCGCAUCAACGAGAGUUCCCUUCAUUUAUCCGCGUUCUCUGAAAUAGGAUAGGACCCAUUUUCACAGUUCAAAACUGCAAUGCUACCACCUUCCAUCAUACUCGGAUGUAGCUAGAUGGUAUGCGUGUAUAUGGAGUUUAAUGAUGGUGAAAGACGUUCUAAAUUAUUGGGAAAUGAGGAAAGACUGUUUCACUGCAUUGAACUGGUGUGAAUUGUGAUUUGAUAUUUCAGAAUGUUGGGUGAUUCGUGUAGAUAUUUUUUUCAUGGGUAUUUUGUGGUCAGCAACUAUAUUUUGUAUUAAAUCUCUAUAAAAUAAAUUAUUUAAAAACCUC